ACCGAAAGAAGUCUACAACGUGGUAUCGUGACUUACGCGUGACUUCCUCAGAUCCUCUAAUGGUAGGUGUAUUGUUCCUUCGAGGGCUCUCAGUCUCGUAAGAUGUCCUGGAGAUAUGCCCUGCUUUGCACCUUCUUAUAGGUGACUUCAGACCGAUCCAACUCCCCACACCUGCACUCAAAUGGCCCGUUCUCUCUACGGUCUAGUCUUCGAAACACCUGACCAUCGUUUCACACACCUUCAUCUACAGUCGGUUGAUGUGUGUGCAUCUGUCGUCGAUGUCUCCGCUAGAGUGACAUUCACUCAGGUUUUCAUACCAGCAUCCUCUCAGCAUGUAUCGCAAUCUUACUACGUGUUCCCUGUACCACCUCGUGCCUCGGUCUCUGCAUUCAGCAUGCGCGGCGAAGAUGGCAGAUCGAUCAUCGCAGUAGUGAGGGAAAGCAUCGAAGGCAUACAAAUGAUGGUGAACGCAAAUCUUGGGUUUAUCGCUGAGAAUGCCUUUGUGAUAUCGCUUGGUCUCGCUAAAGUCGAUCAGAGGCUCACUAUACAGCUAACCUAUGUCACUGACCUCGUACACGACGAUGUCUCUCGUGGAGUUCGACUCGAACUACCCUUUUGCCUUGGUUCUGUCAGUGACUCAAUGCAGAUCAGCCAAUUGGAUACCACUGUCGCGCCUUUUCUGGAACCAGAAGUUGACAUCAAAGUCCGCAUUCAAACGCACAACAAGAUUCGAAAUGUCUACAGCCGCAGCCAUUCUGGAGUUGCAAUCUCGCUUGAUUCAACUUCUCAACAAUCAGCAUCCAGGCAACACUUAAUAGCACAAUUUCACGCAUCGAAAUCCUUGCAGCAAGAUUUCGAGUUGAUAAUCGAGGCCGAAGAACAGGAGGACGUCUCGCGGUGUUUCGCGGAACGUCAUCCCGAAGACCCUGGAUCAGUUGCCAUGCAUCUGACUUUCAUACCACAGUUCUCACUCCCUCCAAGCCAGUCUCAAGAGUACAUCUUCCUGAUUGACCGGAGUGGGAGCAUGACAGGCGAGCGAAUCGUAAUGGCGAAACACACGCUCGUCAUGCUUCUACGCUCUUUACCUCCAGAGGGAACAACUUUUAAUGUCUUCAGUUUCGGCUCUUCUUCAUAUUCCCUUUUCGCAUCAAGUCGCCCAUACGACGACAACACGCUUCAUACAGCGACUCUUUCUGUAGAAGCGAUGGACGCUAAUAUGGGAGGAACGGAGAUUUGUCCUGCGUUGCAGUCUGUUUUCAACUCUCGGGAUCUGGUGCCUACUGCAGUUUUUCUCUUGACUGAUGGAUGUCCGCAGGAGUCGCUUGACUACACAGCUCGCGUUGUAUCGGACGCGGUUGCUAAAUCGCCAUCUUUCGCCCCUUUGCGAGUGUUUACGCUAGGAAUAGGAGGCGCAAAUGCAGAAAUGUGUCAGGGAAUCGCAAGCGCAGGGAAUGGUGAAUGCUCCAUGGCGGCUGAUACAAAUCAGAUCAUGAGCGAAUGCUCAAGGCUGGUGCGGAUUGGACGGACGUUUAUUCUGAGAAAUAUCAGGAUUGAUUGGGGAGUGCCUACGGAUGCGACCACUCAAGGAGCGAUCAUUCAGCAAGUACCUGAAAACGUUGACGACAUCUAUCCUGGGCAGCGACUCACCGCCUUUGCCCUCAUCCAACAUCCGGAUUUCGUGAUUCCUCAAUUCGUAGUGAUCAGAGGACAGAAGGAUGGGAUAGGCCACUUCGUUGAGUUCGAAGUCCCAGUUUACGAGGUACAAUGGGUGAAGUGGAUGAAGCCCCACAUACCUCUUCUCCACACUCUGGCUGCGCGUCGGAUUGUGACUGAUUGGCAGCAGGACGGCCCUACAAACACUGGCGUGUCAGACACUCGCCGACAACCCAUUGUGCAGCUGGCUCAGAGGUAUCAGCUGGCCACUAAAUUCACAACUUUCGUCCCAGUCGAGAAGUUCGAGGCGGUUCCUUCACCUCCACCUCGUCCAAGGAAGCCAGAUCCUUCAGCUGCCGGUUCCAAAACUGGUUUCCGUACUUGGCUAUCCCCUUUUAGUUCACGCACGCGACUUGAAUCUUCGAAAAGUGCCAGAUCAUCAGCCAGCAGGUCGUCCGCAAAUCAGCGAAUAGUCGACAAUUCAUCUGAUAGUCGUAUAACGGCCACCUUGCAGGCCAUUAGUCCCCCGAGACACUCACCUCUGGCCAUAGCGGCUUGUCAAUCAGGUGGAUCACUUCAUACGGGACUUCCACUUGAUGCGCCUCGAGAAGUAGUAUCUGUGAUCAGCAAGCCAUCGCAAAAGCAAAUUACCUCUGCUAGGGAUGUGUCUUCACCCGAGACCCUCGUCAAUACUAUCAACACAGUGGCAAUCGCACUGUUACCACCAAGCUACCAUCCUGAAUUUCGUGAAACACAAACACCUGCAACACUCAUCGCCCUGCCUCCUGACAAUGACGUGUUGCAGCUUGUAAGUUUACAGGCAUCAGAUGGGUCGUUCUCCCCUAGCACUCAAUUCACUCGAAUUGUGGGUGACCAGUCUGAUCCCUCCGAUCAGCCUUCAUCCGAUGACAGACUAUGGCCGACUGCCCUUGCUAUCAUGUACUUGAAGAACCACCUCAAAGGCCAGCCAGAUCUUUUGGACGGUCUGGCAAUGAAAGCGACCAGAUUCGGGCACAACGCUGCUAUGCAAUCUGGCUCGGAUUUUGACGAUCUGCUAUUGAAGGGGGACGUUGCUAUCAAUGGUGCCAGAGACCACGUUACACCAAUGACCUACAUCAAACCUGAGGAGCAGGAAGACGUGUCCGUUGUGCCGGCCGAGACUGCGUCAACGACCGUUCAACCACAGAACAGACAUGCGUUCUGGGUAUCAGGAUGCACAUUCCUCUCACUUCUUGUGUCGUUCAUCCUCAUCCUUCUUGUCACUCUUUCGGCCUCCAUUAUCGGAGAUAUGUACAUUUUCGUCAUCAGGAUCAACUCAACGACUUCAUAUGGCGGUAACCACGAACUUCGAUUCGGUGCAUGGGGCAUAUGUACGACAGGAUCCGUGAAUGCGUCGAUGGCCUUGACCAAACGUAAUGGAACGUGCACCGCACCUCGGUCAGGUUACACUAUCCCGACACAAUUGCUCGCCGCGACCGGUCACCUGGAGCUGAAUGGUAUUCUACCCCGCCCACUGGUUUCCAUGCUGACCCUGCAUCCAGCUUGCGUUGCACUGAUCUAUCUGGCGAUGUUCGCGUCCCUCGCAAUUGCGAACAGGCGCAUUGCAAUCUGGUCCAGCGUCUUAGCCACCCUGACUGCCAUUGCGAGCAGCGUUGCGUUGGUCGCAGAUCUAGCAACUGCCAUUGUGACUAGGAACAGAGUCACAUCUUUACAAACCGGUGGCGUGAGUGUAAAACUGGGAAAUGGCAUCUGGAUGAUGCUCGCAGCCGUAGUGCUGUUAUGGUGGAGUGUUCUACUUUUAGUGUUAUUGAUAUUCUAUCGAAAGCUGAAAACUUGAAAACGUAGACACUUGUAUUGUAUCCUCUCGCGCUGCAGCAUCGGUCUUCAUUUUUUUUCAAUAGCCAAAGUAGAUCGCAGGUAGUGAUAUCGAGUGAUCAUGGGCUCAUACUUACUAGAUUUUCCGAAUGUUCCAGACGUACAGGUCGUGUAUAGACUCAUAUUUCCACGAUGUGCAUAGAAAACUAGCCGACCUUUAUGACCAUGCACAAUUAACAUGACUGUCUACACCUGACAUCUGC